AUGAAAAAUCAAGUGAAAUCUAAUAAAAUAAAUCUCUUGAACUCCAAACUGGUCCACUUUUUCAUCGGUUUCGGUUUGUUUCGCCUUUUGGUUUUGACCCCACACAGGGUUUUUGUCCAGGAACAUGUGCCUGCCACCGGCCUUGAUGCUCUCGCAAUGACGGCGUCGGCUGGUGUGCAGCAAUUGGCAGCAGUGGCAGGGAUCCAACCUUUGAGCUUUGCGCCGGCCCCUCCCGCGGAGCUGCCGGUCGUCGCGCCCCCGGGGCCACCGCCCGAGCUGGCGCUGCAAGCACUGGAGACGGUGACCGACCUGCAACUGGUGGAGGCGCCGGUGGAGGUGAGCAGCGAGACGGCGAGUGAGGCGGAUCCGGAAGGCGAUGCGAGCGAGGAUGAGAGCGCCUCCAGUGAAGCCUCCAGCGAGUCCGCCAGUGAUGCCUCAGCUGGCGCGGGCGCCAGUGAUGCCUCAGCUGGCUCGGUCUCGGACGAGGGCUCAGGCUCCGAGGAGGACACCCCGAAAGGCGCUUGGGCUUCCUUGGUGGCUCUCUUUGGCUGGUGA